UUCUAUUUUUGCUACAUUUUUAUUUUUACUAUUUUUCAUUUUAUUUUUUUGCUAUUACUAAGAAGAAAAAAAUGAGAGGUAGAGGAGCAAAGAUCGCCGGAGUUUUGCCGUUGUUUACGCUAUUAAUCGCCGGAGCAAUCUCCGCCUUUGAUGACAUAGAAAGGCUAAGGAUUUGGCCGUUGCCGGCGGAAGUAAAACACGGUGGCCGGAGAAUGUAUCUAAGUGAUGAUUUCAAACUUGUUACGGAGGGAAGCAAAUAUGGAGACAAGUCAGGGAUAUUAAAAGAAGGGUUUGAUAGAAUGCUAAGUGUUGUGAGGCUGAGCCAUGUUGUCUCCGGUCAUCGGAAUAGUUCUGGCUCCGGUGGAUCUGGUUUGCUUCAGGGAGUCCACGUCGUUAUCUCUUCUUCUUCCACCGAUGAGUUGGAAUAUGGAGCAGACGAGUCGUACAAAUUAGUGGUUCCAUCUCCGGAGAAGCCUUCGUAUGCACACCUUGAGGCAAAGAGUGUUUAUGGUGCAUUACAUGGUCUACAGACAUUUAGCCAAUUAUGCCAUUUUAAUUUAAAGAAGAAGAUAAUAGAGAUUCUAAUGACUCCAUGGAAUAUCACUGACCAGCCUAGAUUUUCUUACCGUGGUCUUCUAAUUGAUACAUCCCGACAUUAUUUGCCACUUCCGGUUAUAAAGAAAGUGAUUGAUUCAAUGACAUACGCCAAACUUAAUGUGUUACAUUGGCAUAUUGUGGAUACACAGUCGUUUCCAUUAGAGAUUCCUUCUUAUCCCAAGCUAUGGAAUGGUGCUUACUCUUCCUCGCAGCGAUACACCAUCGAUGACGCCGCGGAAAUCGUCAAUUAUGCGGGGCGAAGAGGGAUCCAUGUCUUGGCUGAGAUUGAUGUUCCAGGACACGCUCUCUCAUGGGGAAAAGGCUAUCCUUCCUUGUGGCCGUCCAAGAAUUGUCAAGAACCACUUGACGUGAGUAGUGACUUUACAUUCAAGGUCAUUGAUGGCAUUCUUUCUGAUUUCAGCAAGAUCUUUAAGUUUAAGUUUGUUCAUUUGGGAGGUGACGAAGUAAAUACAACUUGUUGGUCAGCAACACCGCGAAUAGCCCAAUGGCUUCAAAAGCAUCGGAUGAGAGAAGACGAAGCCUAUCAAUACUUCGUGCUGCGGGCGCAAAAAAUCGCAAUGUCUCAUGGAUAUGAAAUUAUUAACUGGGAAGAAACCUUCAACAAUUUUGGAAGCGAAUUAAACCCGAAAACCGUGGUUCACAACUGGCUUGGUACAGGAGUUGUUGAGAGAGUGACAGCGUCCGGUUUAAGGUGUAUAGUGAGUAACCAAGACAAAUGGUAUUUGGACCAUAUAGACGCACCUUGGCAAGGCUUUUACUCAAAUGAACCACUUCAAGACAUAAAGGAUAAAAAGCAACAAAGUCUAGUACUUGGUGGAGAGGUUUGCAUGUGGGGUGAACAUAUUGAUGCUUCUGACAUUGAACAAACCAUUUGGCCUCGCGCUGCCGCAGCCGCAGAGCGGUUGUGGACACCCUAUGCAAAGUUAGCUAAAAAUCCAGACAAGGUAACAACGAGGUUGGCUCACUUCAGAUGCUUAUUGAAUCAAAGAGGAGUCGCAGCCGCGCCUUUGGUUGGUGGCGGACGAGUCGUGCCUUUGGAACCAGGUUCUUGUCUCGCUCAGUGAGUAGUGAGUAGGGUUUAAAUUGUAGAAUAUAUUACAUGAAGACUUCUUUUAGAAAUAACUGGUCGAUAUAAUUCAUGUUGAAAUGGAUCCCUACAAUUAGGGAUAAUUUGAGAUUUGUUUUCUUGGCUGAUUAGAAUUUUUUCUUCCUAUUUUGGAAGUAGUUUGUUGCAAGGCUAUAUAAGAGCCUUCACUAUAUAUGAGCAGUUGAUCUUUUUAGUUCU